AAUACAAAUCUUGUGCCCUUUCCAUCAACAAUACACAACACAACACAACCAACCUUGUGCAAGUUCCAUCCAUACAUGGCUCAUUAUUAUAUAUACUCUGCUCAAAACUAACACCCAUUAGUACAAUAUUUAAUUAUAAUUAAAAGAAUAAUUAAUACAUUGCUCUCAUGAGUCAUGAGACAUGGCCUUUGCACGUGCAGUUGACACCAUGAAAUUGCAGACUCUUCACAUAUUUCAUCACUCCCCCAACUUCACCAACCUCAUAACGUCUCUCUCUCUCUCUCUCUCUCUGCGUUGCCAACGGUUUCACGAGACUAGUGUGCACUUCUUUCCCUCCAGUAAAAUGCUGCUGCUACAUAUGUAUCUAUAUAUAAAGGGACUAAGCAGCAGGCAGCUAGAAAACCACCACCAGCAUAUAUGCACUCAUCUGUUUUGUUCCCUCUUAAUUAAUUAACAACAAGGCUCCAUCUAUAUAGCUGCUAGACAUUCUUGUUUCUAGCAAGCUAGCUAGGCUUCCAAUGGCUGAUCAGCCACAACCACAAGGGAAUCAUCGUGGCACUUCUGAAAGCUGCCGUCGAAAGGCCACAUCCGCAGCCACUGGAAAGCAGCAGCAGCAGCGAACAGAGGUAGAUCAUCAUCUUCAUCAUCAUCAAUCCAGUAGUACUGCAGCUUCAGCUCCGUGUGGGGCAUGCAAGUUUUUGAGAAGGAAGUGCAUUAGUGGUUGCAUCUUUGCUCCCCAUUUUGGAUCAGACCAGGGAGCCGCGAGGUUUGCUGCGGUGCACAAGGUGUUUGGCGCAAGUAAUGUCUCAAAGCUUUUGCUGCACAUACCUUUGAACCGCAGGAAUGAUACUGUCGUUACAAUAUCCUACGAGGCUCAAGCUCGCCUCUCCGACCCGGUUUAUGGUUGUGUAUCCACCAUUCUUGCUUUACAACAACAGGUUGCAUCUUUACAAACCGAGCUCGCAAUGGUGCAAACUCAGCUGAUAAACAGUAGAUUUGCAUUUGCAAAUGCCAUUCAAAGCUCGCAGCAUCAGGAACAACAGCAAAACAUGGCAUUGCUGCAGCCUGCCUACUCCAACAACUCAUCUGCUUCAACUAACCCGAUCAACAUGAGCAGCUUCACCUCCAAUUUUAAUCAUGACCUCGCAGCUGAGACAGCACCAUGUUCCCACAGCUUGGAGCCUCUUCUGCUCUCAAGGCCUUCUCAAGAUGAAGAAGAAGAUGAGCAACAAAGUCAAGUGCCCCACCAUUUUGCUAGUGAUCGAUAUACUUAAUGUCCACAAAAUAGUAUUUGCUUCCUUCUUUCUUUUUUAUUUUCUUUUAUCUCUUAGCAUACAAAUAUCCUGACAAUAUACAGUUAUACUUUUAAGUCACCCAUUGCUAAGUGAUUUGCACUGGAUGCUCGUAAACACCGGAGCUAAAUAAAAACUGUUACAAGUAUAAAAUAAACUAUGAAAAUAGCAUACAACAAUGCACCUAUAUAUCUAUUUUCCUUAUUCUCUCUUAAAAUUGCAGUUUUUUUUUUUUUUUAUGAAAGGCGUUUGGAACCCAGCCAAAAGAAGAUGAAAUUGCAUGUUAAGAGAGAAUAAGUAAGAUAUUUGAUAUAAUCAAAAGAAAAUAACAAAGCUGACAACAGUCUUUUACUCUAGUAAUUAAGCUACUGAAUGAUAUUUUUUUUUGUUUUUUUUGGCCAGAAUAGUAAGCUACUGAAUGAUAAGUUACCAGACAUCUAAAACUGCAGACUGCUCUCCAGUUAAUUUUAUUUGAACUUUUGAAAGGGCAUCUCGAAUGGAUGCGGGUGAGGGUCGAAAUUUCGAGAAUUAUGAUCAGCGUUGUUGUGCAGUCGGCUUGAUCACCUACGCCGU